CUAUAGGCAGGAGCCAAUAAAUAAAAGCUGUCAGUCGACAACAGUAGCAGUAGAAAACUCAUGUUUACUCCGGGACUGUUUCUUACCAGCGGACUAUGUUGAAUUACUACGUUUAACAAAGUGGCUUUUUUUUAUUAUGACGAAUAAAACAAAGGCAGAGUUUGGAAAAAGGUUCAAAUUCCAGCCCUGGGCAACUCAUCAGUCGUGGCACCCACAGGAGGCUCUUUGUGGAUUCAAGGAUACCGUGAAAGACUUAAAACAUCAGGGUCACUCAGCUUGUCGAAAGCACAGUGGGAAACGUUCCUGAUAAGACCCGCUACGUCUCAACCAGGAGUCAACACAGUUAUGCCAUUUUAUCUCCGACAGGCUUUCUGACAAAAUGGACUCGGCCUCUGCCACCACCGGCUUCCCGUUUUCUGACUCGGGCCCCGUUAAUGGAGCCGCGGAGGUUGAGGAUCAAGACUCCUACAACUUCAUCGAGCCCCCUCCUUUGGACUGGAGGUCAGACUCCUCCAGUGAAGCAGGCGCAGCUGAUGAUCUGGACGACCCCAGCCUGCAGCCCUCGGCGGCGAGCCUGGGUGAGUCUGUGUUGCUGCCUUUGGACGCGAGAGACAUUUUGACUCCGCUUGAUGCGAACCAGCAGGAGUUUGAGGGAAAUGUUGUCGAGUCAGUCCUGGAUACUGAAGUGGAGCUGGAAGCAGAGGUUGGAAAAGCUGAGGACGGUGAAGUGAGGGUUGAAAGCCUUGUGCUGGUGGGUGUAGAGGAAGAUCAGGAGGAGGUGACAUCUAGAGACGCUGAAGAAGAAGAAGAAGGAGCAGAAGAAGAAGGGGAUUUUACUAGAAGGACAGCAGGUGACGAAGACCACAGCCGCAUCCACAGCCUGCUCAGCCAGCUCCAGCUAGUGGGCGAAGAGCCCACUCAUCAGACAUCCACUCACCAUCGCUACUCCAGAUUCUCUGAGCUGGAAGCCUGCGCUCCCUCUCUAGAGACGGACAACAGCACUGAAACCACAGGGCUGCUGUUCUCUGAAAGCCACCAGAGAGACCUGCUGGGGCUGCUGCAGUGCACAGAGAUCAGCGCUACGCCCCACAGAGGGGACGUGGACGCUGUGGUGUCGGUUUCCUACAGUCAGGCGGACGCACCGAGGUUCUGGAGGAGGCAUCACGGAAAUGGACGGCACAGGGACGACUCUCUCACCUCUCUGCCUGACGAGGAGUAUCCUGAGCCGGUGUGGAUGAAACUCGGGGAGGGACCUCCUGAGGAAGAAGCCGCUGCAGAGGGCGAGCAGAGUGCUGAUGACCAUCCUUCUUACAAAGACGUACCUGGUCCUUGUGACCCCGAAGACCUGUUGGAUGGAGUGAUAUUUGGUGCCAAGUAUCUGGGCUCCACUCAGCUCAAAUCAGAGAAGAACCCGUCGACUAACGCUCGGAUGGCUCAGGCUCAAGAGGCUGUGGACAGAAUAAAGGCUCCGGAGGGAGAGUCUCAGCCAAUGACAGAAGUUGAUCUGUUCAUCUCUACCCAACGAAUCAAAGUGCUCACAGCUGACACACAGGAAGCCAUGAUGGAUCACGCUCUGCAGAUGAUCUCUUACAUAGCUGACAUCGGCGACAUCGUGGUCCUGAUGGCGCGAAGGAAACGCAAGGGGCAGGAGGGCGACCCGGCCUCUUCCUCCUCACCAUCAUCAUCAUCCUCAGCGUCUCAGAAGAAGUGCUUAAUGAUCUGCCACGUCUUCUCCUCUGAGGAUGCUCAGACCAUAGCCCAGGCUAUCGGGCAGGCGUUCGGAGUGGCUUACCAGCAGUUCCUCCAGACCAACGGCAUCAAGGCCAGCGACCUGAGGCCGGGCGAGUACAGCGACUACCUGGAAAGCCAGGAGCUCUACAACGGAGACCUGGCCCACUUCUCCGACUCCCAGAACCUCCGAGACGUUGUCAUUACCAAGGCUCCUGGAGAGAUCCUGGGACUAGCGGUGGUGGAGUCGGGCUGGGGCUCCAUCCUGCCCACUGUGGUGGUGGCCAACCUCCUCCACGGAGGCCCGGCUGAGCGCUGCGGAGAGCUCAGCAUCGGUGACCGCAUCAUGUCUGUUAACGGCACCAGCAUGGUGGGUCUGCCCAUCACCACCUGCCAGAACAUCCUCCGGGACUUGAAAACCCAGAAGUAUGUGAAGCUCAGCAUCGUCCACUGCCCUCCAGUCACCAUGGCGAUCAUCAAGAGACCGGACCCCAAGUUUCAGCUGGGCUUCAGUGUGGAGGACGGCAUUAUCUGCAGUCUGAUGCGGGGUGGUAUAGCAGAGAGAGGGGGGAUCCGCGUUGGACAUCGCAUCAUUGAAAUCAAUGGGCAGAGUGUUGUUGCAACGCCGCAUGACAAGAUCAUCCAGAUUCUCACAAAUGCUGUGGGAGAGAUUCACUUGAAGACGAUGCCUGCCUCAACAUAUCGACUCUUGACAGGACAAGAGCAGCCAGUGUUUCUUUGAGCGCUUCCUGUUUCACGAGGACAACUAUAAUGUGCAGUGUUCAAGCUACAUGAGCUAUUGCCAAACUCGGAAAAUAUUAUGCAAUUGAUCACGCAGCUAGUUACAGGCUGUUGUCACGCCACUGAAUGCCACACACUAGACUAGCUAUAUUUUGAAGAUGUAAAGUACAUUUGAAUAUUUUAAAAUGACAGGGAUAGAUGGUAGCUCUCAUUUAUAUUUAUCAGAUAUUUAACAGUUCAGGCAGUAGCUGGCGUACAGUAAUGCAUAAGCACAAUAUAUUUUUGACUUCACUAACUUGCUCACAGCAUCAAACACGUCGUGAGUCAUCCACCCUGGUGUGUACUGCCAGCUUGCGUUUGCAUGUUUCAUGGUCAUGUACUUCCAGUCCUUCAUAUGAACAUACAUAUCAGUGUCUAUCACAAGAAGGCCACUCGCUGCAGUGCUCUGGUUCGUUUAUAAAAUGCUUCACUGACUGUGCCUGACAUGAGCCAGAUAUCAUGCACAAUUAAUGGUAACUGGUUUAUUUGAUAGAGACGCUUAUAUUUUUUAAGAAUUCUUGUCUUUUGGAUGUUGAUUAUUAAAUGACCUGCAAGAUA